AUGUCUCUUGGUGGUGUCGCUGCUGACGGAAAUGGCAAUCCUCGUCCAUCGUCAUCAGCAGCAGAGCUGACUCCAUCUUUUGUGAAAGCACCCAUUGCUACGUCAACCAUCCGAGCCCUUCUGGCUCCACCUUCGAUGUCAUUCAUGGCAUCUUUGCAGCAAGUCAAGAGUACAUCCGGACAAAGCAAGCAGCCAAGGCCAAAACCACAAGGGGUGACAAGCUCUUCUGCUGGUGUUGGAGGAUCGUCGCUGCAAGCUACUGUGAACAGGGGAACACCCCAAUCAACAUCAGCUGCUGGUACGUACAUACCACCUUCCAUGCCGACGAUACCAACAAUGGCUCCACCAAUGCCAACAGCGCCAACAGCACCAAUGCCGGCCCCGCAGCCGGUCAAGUCUUUGGUUCCAAAACUUGUGCCAGUUGGUACGGCUACACCACAACCUGCGCCGGUUUUGUCGGCUGGAACAUUCCAGGCUAACUUUGACCAUCCAGGGAUGAACUUGAGCAAGUUUUCUGACAGUGCAAAGAGGAGCGACAGUCGCCUUGCGAAUGCACAGCAACUGCGAGAAGAGCGGGUUGACUCUGCUGCUCGAAACAGAGAUAGAAAGAGAUCAGCGAAGAUUGCCCGUGCACGACAGCUUGAUGCCAAACGCUCGCAGCAACAACAACAAGAGGCUGCUUUGAAUUCUGACCACACUUCCUUUGAUGAAAAACUGGAUGGUGUUGUCAAUGAAAUAAAUCAAGACUUCGAGACUCUCAAAGCAGAGCUAGCCAACAAUGAAGAAGAGGCGGAUUUUGGUGGGGGCUUCACUCAGAUGGAAGACUAA